AAGGAAAAUUGUUUGCUGAAUUUCUGCACAGCCCUCCUUCCAAUUGCUGGAGAGAGAGGGGGGAGUGGGAAAGAGAGAGAGAGAGUUUAAGGCAGGCUCUGCACUGGUGUUCUGGGCUAUUUCAACUUCAGGGCAACUUUAGAGAACUUCAGUUAUUUUUGGUUCUGGACGACAGCUGAGACCGGCAGAGCCUCCAGGAGAUGCUGAUGCUGAUGCAGAAGAUGAAGAUUCUGUUAAUGAAGUGGCAGUAGAAGACAUCCGUCCAAGGCCACAGGGUUCCUCUCCGGUUUAUGAAUAUUCCAUAGAAGAAGAAUAUUUAAAGCUUCAAGAAGAAAACAAAAAAUAUUCUACAGACAAAUCAAAACAGAGUCAUCCACAGGAGACAAUGGAAGUGACCUUGAAAACAGAAGUGGAAGCUGGUGCUAGUGGUUUUAGCGUGACAGGUGGAGGAGAUGAAGGAAUAUUUAUUAAAAAAGUACUUAAGGAGUCUCCUGCUUCAAAAGUAUUUAGUCUGAGAGAAGGUGAUCAGCUUCUAAGUGCCACAAUAUUUUUUGAUAACAUCAAAUAUGAAGAUGCACUUAAGAUUCUUCAAUAUUCUGAGCCAUACAGAGUCCAGUUCAGCCUCAAAAGAAAAAUUGCUGGGAAAGAAGAGCUGGAACAUAUUCACUCUACAGCCCAGUACAAAAAGGAAAGAUUAAGUCAGGAAAAAGAACUCAGUGAAAGCAUUCCUGAAGAAACGCUGCGUAUUUCAGGAAAAACUAUUUCAGAAGAAGACAGGGAAACAUUAAUUGUAAACCAAAGGGUAGGAAGAAGCAAGAGACCUAAAAAAGACAGAUUGUCAUGGCCAAAAUUCCAGUCAAUUAAAAAUAAAAAGAUAUUGGGACACAGAAGAUCUCAUAGUACAUCUGAUGCAUAUGAGCCUGCUAUACAGGAUAUUUCCCCUACAAGCACAGACACAGAGUCUCAAUUUCAACAAGAAGUUCAUAUUAAAGAAAAAAAAGGAAGCCAAAAGAAACUGAAGUUCCCUAGUAUUGGAUUCAAAAUGCACAGAUCCAAAGGAGAAUCUCAAGACAAGCAAAAAAAAGAAAUAAAAGCUACACUGUUAUCUGAAAGACAAAAGAUACAUAAAGAAGAUAUCAGCAUGGAAAGUCCCGAAAUAUUGACUGUUGAAUAUACCACAUCUCCUGCUUAUGAAAUGAAAACAGAGGAGUUACAUGAAACUUUAACAAAAGACUUAAAAGAUAUGAAAAACGGUAUUCCCACUCAUGAAAAAAAAUGCCCUGAAGUUGAAAUAAGCAUUAAAACAGAAAAGGAAAAGAAAUCAGCACUGAAGCUUACUGUACCUGAAGGACCAGCUAUAACAACACAGGUACUGAAGCCCAGUUCAGAAGCAGCAGAUCUGAAAGAAAGUCCAACUAAACAACUACCACAAGCCUCAUCAAAAUCACGGAAAAAGAAACAGAAAGGAACAGCUGAUAAAACAGAAGCAGAAUCUGGAAUUAACAUAGACAUAAUGGAUCAUGCAGCAAAAGGAUCCAUACAGGUAAGAGGUCUAGAAAUAGGCACUGCUAAAGCAGAAUUACACACACCUGACAUACUGGAAACAGAAGAAAAGCAAAUGGAAGAUGACACACAAAUACUAAAAAUUCCGAAAACAAAAUCUGAAAUUUCAGUGCCCAAAAGAAAAGAGCCAGAGACUGAGAACGCUUUAACCAAACCAGAAAGUGAUAUUCCACGUUCUGUACCAGAAACAACAGCUGAUGAAAUUACAGAGGUAGGCAGGAAGUUAGAAGUGAAAACUCACAUAUCUGAUGCAGAAUCAGAAGAAUCUACUUUGAAAAUGCAAAUACCAUCAUUCAAAAUUGCCAAAAUACCUAAAGCUGACAUUAAAAUAUCAAGAGAAGACAGCACAGUUGAAUCAGAUGAUAUUGUUAAAAAGGCACAGACAGAGGAUGAUAUGCCCAUGAGUGAUAAAGACUUGAAGAUGGACAGUGGCAUGAAGACAGGUGAAAAGGAUACAGAAGGAAAAGAAAGCAAAUUCAGACUACCAAAGUUUAAAUUGCCUACAUUUACCUGGGCAACCGCAAAGGAUGAGACAGGAGAACCUUACAGUCAGUUAAAGGACAAGGAAGCAAAGAUGCCAUCCCUAAAAGAAGGAGCAAAAAUGGAAAUGAGAGUAUCAGGAGAAGACACGACAUUUCCAAAUGCUGAAAUGGAAAUAGGAAUACCCAAAGAAAAAAUAAGUGAAAAAAAUAUUGAACACACACUAGGAGAUGAAUUGCCAACACUAAAAAAGCAACAUAUAAAGGAGUCGUCACCAGACAUUCAUUUGGAAAAAACAACAGGACAAAUACAGCCUAUAAAACCUGACGAAGAAGUAAAAAUGGGUGAAAUCAGUACACCAACUAAGAAAAAAGAAGAAACUAUCACUCAAUUAGGAACAACAAAAGAUGAAAGAGAAAUAAAAAUGAAAGAAAAAAAGAUAAAAUUAACGAAAAAAGGAUUAUUUAAACAAAACACAGACAUUCCAACAGAUAAUAUAGAAAUAACAAAAUACAAAACCAAUGUAAAAUAUUCAGAAAAUGAAAUUUCAGAAACAAAAAAAGGAAAAACCACAGUUACAAUGACAGCACAGGAAGUUAUGGAGAAAAAACCCUCCCUCAAAGCUGACACCAAAGCUCCCAAGGUGGACAUCAGCCUGCCAUCCAUUGACGUCACCCUUCCAAAGCCCAACAUCGACCUGAGGCAACCAGAGGAGGCACUUACCCUCGAAGGGGAAGCAAAAGCCCCAGAGAAGGAGGCCACGAAGACCAAGGACGGCAAGUUCAAAAUGCCCAAGUUCGGCAUGCCUUCCUUUGGCUGGUCCAGCAGCAGAGAGGCCAAGGGAACCGUAACUGCUGAUGUAGACGUGAAACUCAAAGAGCCCCAAGUGACAGAGUCCUUGGGAGCCGCUGACGUUGAGGUGACCCUGCCCGGGGCCGAAAUCCAAGCACCCGGCGUCGAGAUGACCAUCGAUACACCUGCCAGUGGAGACGGGGAGAAAGGCCGGUUCAAAAUACCUGACUUCAAGAUGCCCAGCGUCAAGCUACCCAAAGUCGAGGCCAGCCUGCCAGAGGCAGAGGUCAAGGCCGGCGCCGUCGACAUCAGCAUCUCGGCGCCCGACAUCAAGCUGCCCUCCGUGGAAGGCUCCCUUGACCUCCAGGCACCCGAGGUAGACGUGAAAGUGCCCUCCGCCGAAGGCUCGCUCGACGGAGCCGAGCUGGAAGCCACGGGCCUCAAAGGGAAGUUUAAGAUGCCCAAGUUCGACAAGCCCAAAUUCGGAGUGUCGGCGCCCAAGGCGGAAGGGCCCGAAGGCGAGGUCAGCCUGCCCACCGCUGAGGUUGACCUGCCCUCCGGCACUGUGACGGUGGCAGGGGAAGGCCCUGCACUGGGCCUCAAAGCUGACGUUGCCGGUGCCAAGACCGAAGGGGCUGGCUGGAAGCUCGAAAAGCCCUCCCUCAAAAUGCCCAAAGCUGACAUCAAAGCUCCCAAGGUGGACAUCAGCCUGCCCUCCGUGGACGUCACCCUUCCAAAGGCCAGCGUCGAGCUGCAGGCACCCGAGGCGGCGCUCGCCCUCGAAGGGGAAGCAAAAGCCCCAGAGAAGGAGGCCACGAAGGCCAAGGACGGCAAGUUCAAAAUGCCCAAGUUCGGCAUGCCUUCCUUUGGCUGGUCCAGCAGCAGAGAGGCCAAGGGCACCGUGGCCGCCGAUGUGGACGUGAGCCUCAAGGAGCCCCAAGUGACGGCGCCCUCGGGAGCCGCCGACGUUGAGGUGACCCUGCCCGGCGCCGAGAUCCAAGCUCCCGGCGUCGAGGUGACCAUCGAGACAGCCGCCGGCGGAGACGGGGAGAAAGGCCGGUUCAAAAUGCCCGACGUCAAGAUGCCCAGCGUCAAGCUGCCCAAAGUCAAAGCGCCCCACGUGCAGGUCAGCCUGCCAAAGGGCGAGAUCUCCGUGCCCAAAGCCCAGGCCGAACUCCCGGAGGGCGAGCUCACCCUGCAGGGCCCCGACGCCGAAGGCAGCCUGGACGUGGCUGCCGGCAAAGUGGAGGGCAGCGGCAUGAAAAUACACAUGCCAAAAGUCAAGGUGCCCAGCGUGGCCUUCUCCAAGCCGACCGUCAAGGCUCCCAAAGUCGAGGCGGACGUCAGCCUGCCCAAAGUCGAGGCCAGCCUGCCAGAGGCAGAGGUCAAGGCCGGCGCCGUCGACAUCAGCAUCUCGGCGCCCGACAUCAAGCUGCCCUCCGUGGAAGGCUCCCUUGACCUCCAGGCACCCGAGGUAGACGUGAAAGUGCCCUCCGCCGAAGGCUCGCUCGACGGAGCCGAGCUGGAAGCCACGGGCCUCAAAGGGAAGUUUAAGAUGCCCAAAUUCGGAGUGUCGGCGCCCAAGGCGGAAGGGCCCGAAGGCGAGGUCAGCCUGCCCACCGCUGAGGUUGACCUGCCCUCCGGCACUGUGACGGUGGCAGGGGAAGGCCCUGCACUGGGCCUCAAAGCUGACGUUGCCGGUGCCAAGACCGAAGGGGCUGGCUGGAAGCUCGAAAAGCCCUCCCUCAAAAUGCCCAAAGCUGACAUCAAAGCUCCCAAGGUGGACAUCAGCCUGCCCUCCGUGGACGUCACCCUUCCAAAGGCCAGCGUCGAGCUGCAGGCACCCGAGGCGGCACUCGCCCUCGAAGGGGAAGCAAAAGCCCCAGAGAAGGAGGCUACGAAGGCCAAGGACGGCAAGUUCAAAAUGCCCAAGUUCGGCAUGCCUUCCUUUGGCUGGUCCAGCAGCAGAGAGGCCAAGGGCACCGUGGCCGCCGAUGUGGACGUGAGCCUCAAGGAGCCCCAAGUGACGGCGCCCUCGGGAGCCGCCGACGUUGAGGUGACCCUGCCCGGCGCCGAGAUCCAAGCUCCCGGCGUCGAGGUGACCAUCGAGACAGCCGCCGGCGGAGACGGGGAGAAAGGCCGGUUCAAAAUGCCCGACGUCAAGAUGCCCAGCGUCAAGCUGCCCAAAGUCAAAGCGCCCCACGUGCAGGUCAGCCUGCCAAAGGGCGAGAUCUCCGUGCCCAAAGCCCAGGCCGAACUCCCGGAGGGCGAGCUCACCCUGCAGGGCCCCGACGCCGAAGGCAGCCUGGACGUGGCUGCCGGCAAAGUGGAGGGCAGCGGCAUGAAAAUACACAUGCCAAAAGUCAAGGUGCCCAGCGUGGCCUUCUCCAAGCCGACCGUCAAGGCUCCCAAAGUCGAGGCGGACGUCAGCCUGCCCAAAGUCGAGGCCAGCCUGCCAGAGGCAGAGGUCAAGGCCGGCGCCGUCGACAUCAGCAUCUCGGCGCCCGACAUCAAGCUGCCCUCCGUGGAAGGCUCCCUUGACCUCCAGGCACCCGAGGUAGACGUGAAAGUGCCCUCCGCCGAAGGCUCGCUCGACGGAGCCGAGCUGGAAGCCACGGGCCUCAAAGGGAAGUUUAAGAUGCCCAAAUUCGGAGUGUCGGCGCCCAAGGCGGAAGGGCCCGAAGGCGAGGUCAGCCUGCCCACCGCUGAGGUUGACCUGCCCUCCGGCACUGUGACGGUGGCAGGGGAAGGCCCUGCACUGGGCCUCAAAGCUGACGUUGCCGGUGCCAAGACCGAAGGGGCUGGCUGGAAGCUCGAAAAGCCCUCCCUCAAAAUGCCCAAAGCUGACAUCAAAGCUCCCAAGGUGGACAUCAGCCUGCCCUCCGUGGACGUCACCCUUCCAAAGGCCAGCGUCGAGCUGCAGGCACCCGAGGCGGCGCUCGCCCUCGAAGGGGAAGCAAAAGCCCCAGAGAAGGAGGCUACGAAGGCCAAGGACGGCAAGUUCAAAAUGCCCAAGUUCGGCAUGCCUUCCUUUGGCUGGUCCAGCAGCAGAGAGGCCAAGGGCACCGUGGCCGCCGAUGUGGACGUGAGCCUCAAGGAGCCCCAAGUGACGGCGCCCUCGGGAGCCGCCGACGUUGAGGUGACCCUGCCCGGCGCCGAGAUCCAAGCUCCCGGCGUCGAGGUGACCAUCGAGACAGCCGCCGGCGGAGACGGGGAGAAAGGCCGGUUCAAAAUGCCCGACGUCAAGAUGCCCAGCGUCAAGCUGCCCAAAGUCAAAGCGCCCCACGUGCAGGUCAGCCUGCCAAAGGGCGAGAUCUCCGUGCCCAAAGCCCAGGCCGAACUCCCGGAGGGCGAGCUCACCCUGCAGGGCCCCGACGCCGAAGGCAGCCUGGACGUGGCUGCCGGCAAAGUGGAGGGCAGCGGCAUGAAAAUACACAUGCCAAAAGUCAAGGUGCCCAGCGUGGCCUUCUCCAAGCCGACCGUCAAGGCUCCCAAAGUCGAGGCGGACGUCAGCCUGCCCAAAGUCGAGGCCAGCCUGCCAGAGGCAGAGGUCAAGGCCGGCGCCGUCGACAUCAGCAUCUCGGCGCCCGACAUCAAGCUGCCCUCCGUGGAAGGCUCCCUUGACCUCCAGGCACCCGAGGUAGACGUGAAAGUGCCCUCCGCCGAAGGCUCGCUCGACGGAGCCGAGCUGGAAGCCACGGGCCUCAAAGGGAAGUUUAAGAUGCCCAAGUUCGACAAGCCCAAAUUCGGAGUGUCGGCGCCCAAGGCGGAAGGGCCCGAAGGCGAGGUCAGCCUGCCCACCGCUGAGGUUGACCUGCCCUCCGGCACUGUGACGGUGGCAGGGGAAGGCCCUGCACUGGGCCUCAAAGCUGACGUUGCCGGUGCCAAGACCGAAGGGGCUGGCUGGAAGCUCGAAAAGCCCUCCCUCAAAAUGCCCAAAGCUGACAUCAAAGCUCCCAAGGUGGACAUCAGCCUGCCCUCCGUGGACGUCACCCUUCCAAAGGCCAGCGUCGAGCUGCAGGCACCCGAGGCGGCACUCGCCCUCGAAGGGGAAGCAAAAGCCCCAGAGAAGGAGGCUACGAAGGCCAAGGACGGCAAGUUCAAAAUGCCCAAGUUCGGCAUGCCUUCCUUUGGCUGGUCCAGCAGCAGAGAGGCCAAGGGCACCGUGGCCGCCGAUGUGGACGUGAGCCUCAAGGAGCCCCAAGUGACGGCGCCCUCGGGAGCCGCCGACGUUGAGGUGACCCUGCCCGGCGCCGAGAUCCAAGCUCCCGGCGUCGAGGUGACCAUCGAGACAGCCGCCGGCGGAGACGGGGAGAAAGGCCGGUUCAAAAUGCCCGACGUCAAGAUGCCCAGCGUCAAGCUGCCCAAAGUCAAAGCGCCCCACGUGCAGGUCAGCCUGCCAAAGGGCGAGAUCUCCGUGCCCAAAGCCCAGGCCGAACUCCCGGAGGGCGAGCUCACCCUGCAGGGCCCCGACGCCGAAGGCAGCCUGGACGUGGCUGCCGGCAAAGUGGAGGGCAGCGGCAUGAAAAUACACAUGCCAAAAGUCAAGGUGCCCAGCGUGGCCUUCUCCAAGCCGACCGUCAAGGCUCCCAAAGUCGAGGCGGACGUCAGCCUGCCCAAAGUCGAGGCCAGCCUGCCAGAGGCAGAGGUCAAGGCCGGCGCCGUCGACAUCAGCAUCUCGGCGCCCGACAUCAAGCUGCCCUCCGUGGAAGGCUCCCUUGACCUCCAGGCACCCGAGGUAGACGUGAAAGUGCCCUCCGCCGAAGGCUCGCUCGACGGAGCCGAGCUGGAAGCCACGGGCCUCAAAGGGAAGUUUAAGAUGCCCAAGUUCGACAAGCCCAAAUUCGGAGUGUCGGCGCCCAAGGCGGAAGGGCCCGAAGGCGAGGUCAGCCUGCCCACCGCUGAGGUUGACCUGCCCUCCGGCACUGUGACGGUGGCAGGGGAAGGCCCUGCACUGGGCCUCAAAGCUGACGUUGCCGGUGCCAAGACCGAAGGGGCUGACUGGAAGCUCGAAAAGCCCUCCCUCAAAAUGCCCAAAGCUGACAUCAAAGCUCCCAAGGUGGACAUCAGCCUGCCCUCCGUGGACGUCACCCUUCCAAAGGCCAGCGUCGAGCUGCAGGCACCCGAGGCGGCACUCGCCCUCGAAGGGGAAGCAAAAGCCCCAGAGAAGGAGGCUACGAAGGCCAAGGACGGCAAGUUCAAAAUGCCCAAGUUCGGCAUGCCUUCCUUUGGCUGGUCCAGCAGCAGAGAGGCCAAGGGCACCGUGGCCGCCGAUGUGGACGUGAGCCUCAAGGAGCCCCAAGUGACGGCGCCCUCGGGAGCCGCCGACGUUGAGGUGACCCUGCCCGGCGCCGAGAUCCAAGCUCCCGGCGUCGAGGUGACCAUCGAGACAGCCGCCGGCGGAGACGGGGAGAAAGGCCGGUUCAAAAUGCCCGACGUCAAGAUGCCCAGCGUCAAGCUGCCCAAAGUCAAAGCGCCCCACGUGCAGGUCAGCCUGCCAAAGGGCGAGAUCUCCGUGCCCAAAGCCCAGGCCGAACUCCCGGAGGGCGAGCUCACCCUGCAGGGCCCCGACGCCGAAGGCAGCCUGGACGUGGCUGCCGGCAAAGUGGAGGGCAGCGGCAUGAAAAUACACAUGCCAAAAGUCAAGGUGCCCAGCGUGGCCUUCUCCAAGCCGACCGUCAAGGCUCCCAAAGUCGAGGCGGACGUCAGCCUGCCCAAAGUCGAGGCCAGCCUGCCAGAGGCAGAGGUCAAGGCCGGCGCCGUCGACAUCAGCAUCUCGGCGCCCGACAUCAAGCUGCCCUCCGUGGAAGGCUCCCUUGACCUCCAGGCACCCGAGGUAGACGUGAAAGUGCCCUCCGCCGAAGGCUCGCUCGACGGAGCCGAGCUGGAAGCCACGGGCCUCAAAGGGAAGUUUAAGAUGCCCAAGUUCGACAAGCCCAAAUUCGGAGUGUCAGCGCCCAAGGCGGAAGGGCCCGAAGGCGAGGUCAGCCUGCCCACCGCUGAGGUUGACCUGCCCUCCGGCACUGUGACGGUGGCAGGGGAAGGCCCUGCACUGGGCCUCAAAGCUGACGUUGCCGGUGCCAAGACCGAAGGGGCUGGCUGGAAGCUCGAAAAGCCCUCCCUCAAAAUGCCCAAAGCUGACAUCAAAGCUCCCAAGGUGGACAUCAGCCUGCCCUCCGUGGACGUCACCCUUCCAAAGGCCAGCGUCGAGCUGCAGGCACCCGAGGCGGCGCUCGCCCUCGAAGGGGAAGCAAAAGCCCCAGAGAAGGAGGCUACGAAGGCCAAGGACGGCAAGUUCAAAAUGCCCAAGUUCGGCAUGCCUUCCUUUGGCUGGUCCAGCAGCAGAGAGGCCAAGGGCACCGUGGCCACCGAUGUGGACGUGAGCCUCAAGGAGUCCCAAGUGACGGCGCCCUCGGGAGCCGCCGACGUUGAGGUGACCCUGCCCGGCGCCGAGAUCCAAGCUCCCGGCGUCGAGGUGACCAUCGAGACAGCCGCCGGCGGAGACGGGGAGAAAGGCCGGUUCAAAAUGCCCGACGUCAAGAUGCCCAGCGUCAAGCUGCCCAAAGUCAAAGCGCCCCACAUGCAGGUCAGCCUGCCAAAGGGCGAGAUCUCCGUGCCCAAAGCCCAGGCCGAACUCCCAGAGGGCGAGCUCACCCUGCAGGGCCCCGACGCCGAAGGCAGCCUGGACGUGGCUGCCGGCAAAGUGGAGGGCAGCGGCAUGAAAAUACACAUGCCAAAAGUCAAGGUGCCCAGCGUGGCCUUCUCCAAGCCGACCGUCAAGGCUCCCAAAGUCGAGGCGGACGUCAGCCUGCCCAAAGUCGAGGCCAGCCUGCCAGAGGCAGAGGUCAAGGCCGGCGCCGUCGACAUCAGCAUCUCGGCGCCCGACAUCAAGCUGCCCUCCGUGGAAGGCUCCCUUGACCUCCAGGCACCCGAGGUAGACGUGAAAGUGCCCUCCGCCGAAGGCUCGCUCGACGGAGCCGAGCUGGAAGCCACGGGCCUCAAAGGGAAGUUUAAGAUGCCCAAGUUCGACAAGCCCAAAUUCGGAGUGUCGGCGCCCAAGGCGGAAGGGCCCGAAGGCGAGGUCAGCCUGCCCACCGCUGAGGUUGACCUGCCCUCCGGCACUGUGACGGUGGCAGGGGAAGGCCCUGCACUGGGCCUCAAAGCUGACGUUGCCGGUGCCAAGACCGAAGGGGCUGGCUGGAAGCUCGAAAAGCCCUCCCUCAAAAUGCCCAAAGCUGACAUCAAAGCUCCCAAGGUGGACAUCAGCCUGCCCUCCGUGGACGUCACCCUUCCAAAGGCCAGCGUCGAGCUGCAGGCACCCGAGGCGGCGCUCGCCCUCGAAGGGGAAGCAAAAGCCCCAGAGAAGGAGGCUACGAAGGCCAAGGACGGCAAGUUCAAAAUGCCCAAGUUCGGCAUGCCUUCCUUUGGCUGGUCCAGCAGCAGAGAGGCCAAGGGCACCGUGGCCGCCGAUGUGGACGUGAGCCUCAAGGAGCCCCAAGUGACGGCGCCCUCGGGAGCCGCCGACGUUGAGGUGACCCUGCCCGGCGCCGAGAUCCAAGCUCCCGGCGUCGAGGUGACCAUCGAGACAGCCGCCGGCGGAGACGGGGAGAAAGGCCGGUUCAAAAUGCCCGACGUCAAGAUGCCCAGCGUCAAGCUGCCCAAAGUCAAAGCGCCCCACGUGCAGGUCAGCCUGCCAAAGGGCGAGAUCUCCGUGCCCAAAGCCCAGGCCGAACUCCCGGAGGGCGAGCUCACCCUGCAGGGCCCCGACGCCGAAGGCAGCCUGGACGUGGCUGCCGGCAAAGUGGAGGGCAGCGGCAUGAAAAUACACAUGCCAAAAGUCAAGGUGCCCAGCGUGGCCUUCUCCAAGCCGACCGUCAAGGCUCCCAAAGUCGAGGCGGACGUCAGCCUGCCCAAAGUCGAGGCCAGCCUGCCAGAGGCAGAGGUCAAGGCCGGCGCCGUCGACAUCAGCAUCUCGGCGCCCGACAUCAAGCUGCCCUCCGUGGAAGGCUCCCUUGACCUCCAGGCACCCGAGGUAGACGUGAAAGUGCCCUCCGCCGAAGGCUCGCUCGACGGAGCCGAGCUGGAAGCCACGGGCCUCAAAGGGAAGUUUAAGAUGCCCAAGUUCGACAAGCCCAAAUUCGGAGUGUCGGCGCCCAAGGCGGAAGGGCCCGAAGGCGAGGUCAGCCUGCCCACCGCUGAGGUUGACCUGCUCUCCAGCACUGUGACGGUGGCAGGGGAAGGCCCUGCACUGGGCCUCAAAGCUGACGUUGCCGGUGCCAAGACCGAAGGGGCUGGCUGGAAGCUCGAAAAGCCCUCCCUCAAAAUGCCCAAAGCUGACAUCAAAGCUCCCAAGGUGGACAUCAGCCUGCCCUCCGUGGACGUCACCCUUCCAAAGGCCAGCGUCGAGCUGCAGGCACCCGAGGCGGCGCUCGCCCUCGAAGGGGAAGCAAAAGCCCCAGAGAAGGAGGCUACGAAGGCCAAGGACGGCAAGUUCAAAAUGCCCAAGUUCGGCAUGCCUUCCUUUGGCUGGUCCAGCAGCAGAGAGGCCAAGGGCACCGUGGCCGCCGACGUGGACGUGAGCCUCAAGGAGCCCCAAGUGACGGCGCCCUCGGGAGCCGCCGACGUUGAGGUGACCCUGCCCGGCGCCGAGAUCCAAGCUCCUGGCGUCGAGGUGACCAUCGAGACAGCCGCCGGCAGAGACGGGGAGAAAGGCCGGUUCAAAAUGCCCGACGUCAAGAUGCCCAGCGUCAAGCUGCCCAAAGUCAAAGCGCCCCACGUGCAGGUCAGCCUGCCAAAGGGCGAGAUCUCCGUGCCCAAAGCCCAGGCCGAACUCCCGGAGGGCGAGCUCACCCUGCAGGGCCCCGACGCCGAAGGCAGCCUGGACGUGGCUGCCGGCAAAGUGGAGGGCAGCGGCAUGAAAAUACACAUGCCAAAAGUCAAGGUGCCCAGCGUGGCCUUCUCCAAGCCGACCGUCAAGGCUCCCAAAGUCGAGGCGGACGUCAGCCUGCCCAAAGUCGAGGCCAGCCUGCCAGAGGCAGAGGUCAAGGCCGGCGCCGUCGACAUCAGCAUCUCGGCGCCCGACAUCAAGCUGCCCUCCGUGGAAGGCUCCCUUGACCUCCAGGCACCCGAGGUAGACGUGAAAGUGCCCUCCGCCGAAGGCUCGCUCGACGGAGCCGAGCUGGAAGCCAUGGGCCUCAAAGGGAAGUUUAAGAUGCCCAAGUUCGACAAGCCCAAAUUCGGAGUGUCGGCGCCCAAGGCGGAAGGGCCCGAAGGCGAGGUCAGCCUGCCCACCGCUGAGGUUGACCUGCUCUCCAGCACUGUGACGGUGGCAGGGGAAGGCCCUGCACUGGGCCUCAAAGCUGACGUUGCCGGUGCCAAGACCGAAGGGGCUGGCUGGAAGCUCGAAAAGCCCUCCCUCAAAAUGCCCAAAGCUGACAUCAAAGCUCCCAAGGUGGACAUCAGCCUGCCCUCCGUGGACGUCACCCUUCCAAAGGCCAGCGUCGAGCUGCAGGCACCCAAGGCGGCGCUCGCCCUCGAAGGGGAAGCAAAAGCCCCAGAGAAGGAGGCUACGAAGGCCAAGGACGGCAAGUUCAAAAUGCCCAAGUUCGGCAUGCCUUCCUUUGGCUGGUCCAGCAGCAGAGAGGCCAAGGGCACCGUGGCCGCCGACGUGGACGUGAGCCUCAAGGAGCCCCAAGUGACGGCGCCCUCGGGAGCCGCCGACGUUGAGGUGACCCUGCCCGGCGCCGAGAUCCAAGCUCCUGGCGUCGAGGUGACCAUCGAGACAGCCGCCGGCGGAGACGGGGAGAAAGGCCGGUUCAAAAUGCCCGACGUCAAGAUGCCCAGCGUCAAGCUGCCCAAAGUCAAAGCGCCCCACGUGCAGGUCAGCCUGCCAAAGGGCGAGAUCUCCGUGCCCAAAGCCCAGGCCGAACUCCCGGAGGGCGAGCUCACCCUGCAGGGCCCCGACGCCGAAGGCAGCCUGGACGUGGCUGCCGGCAAAGUGGAGGGCAGCGGCAUGAAAAUACACAUGCCAAAAGUCAAGGUGCCCAGCGUGGCCUUCUCCAAGCCGACCGUCAAGGCUCCCAAAGUCGAGGCGGACGUCAGCCUGCCCAAAGUCGAGGCCAGCCUGCCAGAGGCAGAGGUCAAGGCCGGCGCCGUCGACAUCAGCAUCUCGGCGCCCGACAUCAAGCUGCCCUCCGUGGAAGGCUCCCUUGACCUCCAGGCACCCGAGGUAGACGUGAAAGUGCCCUCCGCCGAAGGCUCGCUCGACGGAGCCGAGCUGGAAGCCACGGGCCUCAAAGGGAAGUUUAAGAUGCCCAAAUUCGGAGUGUCGGCGCCCAAGGCGGAAGGGCCCGAAGGCGAGGUCAGCCUGCCCACCGCUGAGGUUGACCUGCCCUCCGGCACUGUGACGGUGGCAGGGGAAGGCCCUGCACUGGGCCUCAAAGCUGACGUUGCCGGUGCCAAGACCGAAGGGGCUGGCUGGAAGCUCGAAAAGCCCUCCCUCAAAAUGCCCAAAGCUGACAUCAAAGCUCCCAAGGUGGACAUCAGCCUGCCCUCCGUGGACGUCACCCUUCCAAAGGCCAGCGUCGAGCUGCAGGCACCCGAGGCGGCGCUCGCCCUCGAAGGGGAAGCAAAAGCCCCAGAGAAGGAGGCUACGAAGGCCAAGGACGGCAAGUUCAAAAUGCCCAAGUUCGGCAUGCCUUCCUUUGGCUGGUCCAGCAGCAGAGAGGCCAAGGGCACCGUGGCCGCCGACGUGGACGUGAGCCUCAAGGAGCCCCAAGUGACGGCGCCCUCGGGAGCCGCCGACGUUGAGGUGACCCUGCCCGGCGCCGAGAUCCAAGCUCCUGGCGUCGAGGUGACCAUCGAGACAGCCGCCGGCGGAGACGGGGAGAAAGGCCGGUUCAAAAUGCCCGACGUCAAGAUGCCCAGCGUCAAGCUGCCCAAAGUCAAAGCGCCCCACGUGCAGGUCAGCCUGCCAAAGGGCGAGAUCUCCGUGCCCAAAGCCCAGGCCGAACUCCCGGAGGGCGAGCUCACCCUGCAGGGCCCCGACGCCGAAGGCAGCCUGGACGUGGCUGCCGGCAAAGUGGAGGGCAGCGGCAUGAAAAUACACAUGCCAAAAGUCAAGGUGCCCAGCGUGGCCUUCUCCAAGCCGACCGUCAAGGCUCCCAAAGUCGAGGCGGACGUCAGCCUGCCCAAAGUCGAGGCCAGCCUGCCAGAGGCAGAGGUCAAGGCCGGCGCCGUCGACAUCAGCAUCUCGGCGCCCGACAUCAAGCUGCCCUCCGUGGAAGGCUCCCUUGACCUCCAGGCACCCGAGGUAGACGUGAAAGUGCCCUCCGCCGAAGGCUCGCUCGACGGAGCCGAGCUGGAAGCCACGGGCCUCAAAGGGAAGUUUAAGAUGCCCAAAUUCGGAGUGUCGGCGCCCAAGGCGGAAGGGCCCGAAGGCGAGGUCAGCCUGCCCACCGCUGAGGUUGACCUGCCCUCCGGCACUGUGACGGUGGCAGGGGAAGGCCCUGCACUGGGCCUCAAAGCUGACGUUGCCGGUGCCAAGACCGAAGGGGCUGGCUGGAAGCUCGAAAAGCCCUCCCUCAAAAUGCCCAAAGCUGACAUCAAAGCUCCCAAGGUGGACAUCAGCCUGCCCUCCGUGGACGUCACCCUUCCAAAGGCCAGCGUCGAGCUGCAGGCACCCGAGGCGGCGCUCGCCCUCGAAGGGGAAGCAAAAGCCCCAGAGAAGGAGGCUACGAAGGCCAAGGACGGCAAGUUCAAAAUGCCCAAGUUCGGCAUGCCUUCCUUUGGCUGGUCCAGCAGCAGAGAGGCCAAGGGCACCGUGGCCGCCGACGUGGACGUGAGCCUCAAGGAGCCCCAAGUGACGGCGCCCUCGGGAGCCGCCGACGUUGAGGUGACCCUGCCCGGCGCCGAGAUCCAAGCUCCUGGCGUCGAGGUGACCAUCGAGACAGCCGCCGGCAGAGACGGGGAGAAAGGCCGGUUCAAAAUGCCCGACGUCAAGAUGCCCAGCGUCAAGCUGCCCAAAGUCAAAGCGCCCCACGUGCAGGUCAGCCUGCCAAAGGGCGAGAUCUCCGUGCCCAAAGCCCAGGCCGAACUCCCGGAGGGCGAGCUCACCCUGCAGGGCCCCGACGCCGAAGGCAGCCUGGACGUGGCUGCCGGCAAAGUGGAGGGCAGCGGCAUGAAAAUACACAUGCCAAAAGUCAAGGUGCCCAGCGUGGCCUUCUCCAAGCCGACCGUCAAGGCUCCCAAAGUCGAGGCGGACGUCAGCCUGCCCAAAGUCGAGGCCAGCCUGCCAGAGGCAGAGGUCAAGGCCGGCGCCGUCGACAUCAGCAUCUCGGCGCCCGACAUCAAGAUGCCCUCCGUGGAAGGCUCCCUUGACCUCCAGGCACCCGAGGUAGACGUGAAAGUGCCCUCCGCCGAAGGCUCGCUCGACGGAGCCGAGCUGGAAGCCACGGGCCUCAAAGGGAAGUUUAAGAUGCCCAAAUUCGGAGUGUCGGCGCCCAAGGCGGAAGGGCCCGAAGGCGAGGUCAGCCUGCCCACCGCUGAGGUUGACCUGCCCUCCGGCACUGUGACGGUGGCAGGGGAAGGCCCUGCACUGGGCCUCAAAGCUGACGUUGCCGGUGCCAAGACCGAAGGGGCUGGCUGGAAGCUCGAAAAGCCCUCCCUCAAAAUGCCCAAAGCUGACAUCAAAGCUCCCAAGGUGGACAUCAGCCUGCCCUCCGUGGACGUCACCCUUCCAAAGGCCAGCGUCGAGCUGCAGGCACCCGAGGCGGCGCUCGCCCUCGAAGGGGAAGCAAAAGCCCCAGAGAAGGAGGCUACGAAGGCCAAGGACGGCAAGUUCAAAAUGCCCAAGUUCGGCAUGCCUUCCUUUGGCUGGUCCAGCAGCAGAGAGGCCAAGGGCACCGUGGCCGCCGACGUGGACGUGAGCCUCAAGGAGCCCCAAGUGACGGCGCCCUCGGGAGCCGCCGACGUUGAGGUGACCCUGCCCGGCGCCGAGAUCCAAGCUCCUGGCGUCGAGGUGACCAUCGAGACAGCCGCCGGCGGAGACGGGGAGAAAGGCCGGUUCAAAAUGCCCGACGUCAAGAUGCCCAGCGUCAAGCUGCCCAAAGUCAAAGCGCCCCACGUGCAGGUCAGCCUGCCAAAGGGCGAGAUCUCCGUGCCCAAAGCCCAGGCCGAACUCCCGGAGGGCGAGCUCACCCUGCAGGGCCCCGACGCCGAAGGCAGCCUGGACGUGGCUGCCGGCAAAGUGGAGGGCAGCGGCAUGAAAAUACACAUGCCAAAAGUCAAGGUGCCCAGCGUGGCCUUCUCCAAGCCGACCGUCAAGGCUCCCAAAGUCGAGGCGGACGUCAGCCUGCCCAAAGUCGAGGCCAGCCUGCCAGAGGCAGAGGUCAAGGCCGGCGCCGUCGACAUCAGCAUCUCGGCGCCCGACAUCAAGCUGCCCUCCGUGGAAGGCUCCCUUGACCUCCAGGCACCCGAGGUAGACGUGAAAGUGCCCUCCGCCGAAGGCUCGCUCGACGGAGCCGAGCUGGAAGCCACGGGCCUCAAAGGGAAGUUUAAGAUGCCCAAGUUCGACAAGCCCAAAUUCGGAGUGUCGGCGCCCAAGGCGGAAGGGCCCGAAGGCGAGGUCAGCCUGCCCACCGCUGAGGUUGACCUGCCCUCCGGCACUGUGACGGUGGCAGGGGAAGGCCCUGCACUGGGCCUCAAAGCUGACGUUGCCGGUGCCAAGACCGAAGGGGCUGGCUGGAAGCUCGAAAAGCCCUCCCUCAAAAUGCCCAAAGCUGACAUCAAAGCUCCCAAGGUGGACAUCAGCCUGCCCUCCGUGGACGUCACCCUUCCAAAGGCCAGCGUCGAGCUGCAGGCACCCGAGGCGGCGCUCGCCCUCGAAGGGGAAGCAAAAGCCCCAGAGAAGGAGGCUACGAAGGCCAAGGACGGCAAGUUCAAAAUGCCCAAGUUCGGCAUGCCUUCCUUUGGCUGGUCCAGCAGCAGAGAGGCCAAGGGCACCGUGGCCGCCGACGUGGACGUGAGCCUCAAGGAGCCCCAAGUGACGGCGCCCUCGGGAGCCGCCGACGUUGAGGUGACCCUGCCCGGCGCCGAGAUACAAGUGGCUGGUAUUGAUGUUGGAUUAGGUACAACCUCAGUUAAGGAGGAGGCUGUUACUAAAACGAAAUCUUCUUUGUUUAGAAUUCCUAAGGUUUCCCUUCCUAAAAGUACUAAGCAGCAUCUACCGAGUAAGUCUGUUAUGGAAGUUUCUGAAUCAGAAUCUAGUUGUUAUUCUGUAACAGAGGAAUCUCCUGCUGUGAUUUCAGGUGGUCUUGAUUCUAAUUUGUUUUCUGAUAUUAAGGGAGAUAAUGCUCCCAAAAGUAGCAAGUUUAGAAUUCCUAGUUUGGGUUUCUCUAAGGUUGAUAUUAGUUCUUCUAAAUUUGAGCAGGAUUCACCUUUAUCAAAGGGGGAUGUUACUCUUACUAAAUAUCAAAUGAAUAUUGGAGAAUCUGAAUCAGAUUUUGAAAUUUUGAAUGAAGAUGGUUCUUGGGAGGAAGGAAUUAUGAAGUCAGGAAUGAAAACACCAACUGCUGAAAUAUCUCUUGCACACACAGAAUAUACAGUUAAAAUACCUAAAUUCCGAAAACCAAAGUUCGGAAUUUCUUGGUCUAAGGGAAAGCCAUCAGAAAGUGACGUUGUUUCCAAAGUGGAAUCUGAAAUUGCCAAGGAAAAGAUAGCAUCUGAUAUGUUUGAUAUUGAUAUUGAAUAUCCAUCUCAGAUUCCUGAUGCAGAAUUAAGUCUAAAGUUACAAAAGCCUUCACCCGAAUGUGUUACGGAUGCAGCGAAGUUGGAUGUCAGUCUCCCAUCAACAGAAGAUGCCAUGCCAGAAUUAGAAAUGGAAAUCCAUGGUCCAAAGUGCAAGACAGAGCAGGAAUUAAUUUCAGGAGAGAAGGACAUGGAGGAGAAAGAAAGCAAAUUUAAAAUGUCAAAAUUCAAACUACCUUCAUUUAGUUGGUCACCAAAGAAAGAAGCUAUUGCUCCUUCUGAAGCUGAGGGACAUCUGGAAGAAUCCAAUGUGUCUAUUUCAUCUGGAGACACAGAAUCUAAGUUAACACUAAUUAUCCCUGAGAAUCAACACCUUCAUAUGGAAUUGGAUACAGCAACAGAAAAAGAUGGUGAAAAGGGAAAAAACAAGAAGUCCCAAUUUAUCAUGCCAAAGAUCUCACUCCCUAAAGUGAAAGGUCAAAAAGUCCAGGUCUCUCUGCCCGUACUAGAAACUGAUGUAUGUGACCCCAAGCAAGAAAAAGACGGAGAUGUUUCAGUACAGGAAUCUGAGAAAAGGAGUAGUGGAGAAAGGGCAGAAAUGGGUGUAAAAAUGCCAAAAGUUAGAGUUCCAACUUUGGAAUUUUCCAAACCAGAAGUCAAAGCUCCCAAAAUAGAGGUGGAUAUUAGCAUGCCUACAGGUGAGAUCAUACUUCCUGUGUGUGAACAGGAUGGCUUAACAUUGAAAUCAGUUGUUGAUGAUACCAGCCUCUCUAUCUCAGAUACUAAGAUGAUAGCUAAAGGCUCCUUUGAGGUGAAGAGUUCUGAGACAAGUACUGAAAGUGAAAUUGCUGUGGGGGGUGUAGAAAUAAAAGCUGAAGGUUCUGAAGGGAAAACAAAAUUGUCUAAAUUCCAAAUGCCAAAGUUUGGCAUGACACAUUCUAAAGGAAAAGGGUCAGAAAAGGAGGUCAGCCAAUCCAAAUCAGAAGCCAUGGUUUCCCAACUAAAAGCAAUGAUAGAAAUAGCUGAUGUUGCUAUGGAAGCACCAAAUUUGGAGGUGGAAUGUGGUGCAGGAACAGAAACAUCCAGCCCUAAAUUCAAAACAACCGAAGCUGACAAUAAGGCACCAGAAGUUGAUGUUCACCUCCCAUCAGGUGACAUUUCUAUCCCAAAGACAGACAGCGAUAUUCAGGAUUCAGAUACAGCACUAAAAAAUAAAGAGGAAAUAAAGCGUGCAGAUGGAGAUGGAGAAGAGAAAGAAGGACAUUUCAAAAUGCCAAAAUUCAAACUUCCAUCCUUCAAUUGGUCACCAAAGAAGGAAACAACUGUUAAGCCAGAUUCUGGAGCAAUUUUGGAAGAUAAUAAACUUGCUGCAAAGUCAGGCAGAACAGACACUGAAGUGGGAGGAACUGCAAGUGAUGAUCAAGAUCCUAGGCCAGCCCUUGAUCUAGAAAUAUCUGCAGGAAAAGAUGAACAGAAAAGUCCAAUUAAAAAGCCUCAGUUUGUCAUGCCUAAAAUUUCACUUUCCAAGAUCAAGGUUCCCAAAUCGCAGACACACUCACCAAAAGUUGAAGCUGGUGCUACUAUUCCUAAAACACAAAAAGAUGGAGACGAUUCAAUACAGAUACCUGAUAUAGAAAGAAGUCAUUCCAAAAGGACAGAAGAAGGGGCACAAAUCAGCAUAAAACCAGCUGCAGUUAAGAUCUCCACGUUGGAGUUUUCCAAAACAGAAACUGGAGCCUCCCAGACUGACAAGGGAGUCAUCUCAGCAAAGAUUGAUGCUGCUGUGCCUGCCUCAGAGGGGAGUUUUCAACAGGUUGUCCUAAAACCAAGUUCUGAUGAUGAUUUCAUUCAAAAAACGGGUAUUAAGUACUCCAAAGGAGAUACUGCAAUUGAACUGAGGAGCCCUGAAACAGCAACUGAAGGAUCAUUAGUUAUGGAUGAAAGAAGGAUGAAAGUGGAAGGUCCUGAUGGGAAGAUUAAAAUGCCCAAAUUCCAGAAGCCAAAGUUUGGAAUCUCCCUGACAAAAGGGAAAGGCCCAGAGUCAGAGAUCAGUUCUCCAAAAAUAGAAGCUGAGCUACCCCAGCUGAAAAUGACAACAGAAAUUGCUGACAUUGCUGUGGGAGUGCCAGCAUCAGAAUUUACAUCUGAUACACCAGAUCCUGGAUUAGGGAUUUAUGCUUGUAAAGCAAAAACACCUCAAGUUCUGACAGCUGGCACUGAAGCUCCAAAGGUAGACAUAAGCCCCAAGGCAGUGUCUAAAUCAAUGACAGAGGAAGAUAUUGAGAGCCCUGAGGAGAAAGAGGUCAAAUUAAAAGAAGAACAUGAAAUUAAAGCUGAAGAAGUUCAGACUGAAGAACAACAGGGAUGGUUUAAAAUGCCAAAAUUCAGAAUACCUGCAUUUGGCCGGACAUCCUCAAAGGAAAAAAAAGGUGAUGCUGAUGUUGAAAGAAGUCUGGAAAAAACUCAGGCAGGCAUUCCCUCUUCCAAAGAACACACUGAAACAAGUAUUCCUGAAGAUAACUUCUCAUUACCACAUGCAGUUGCUGAAAUUACUAUUGGAAAAGAAGGGAUUCAAAAAUUAGGAGAAUCUGUGAAGGGUUCUGGUGUUAGCUUGCCAAAGAUGGAAGGAGAUAUUUCAUUAUCUGCAGAAAGUACAGAUAGUAGAGCGAAUAUUCCAAAAACUGAAACAUAUGCAGACAUAGUUAAGCGUGGUGCUGAAGGACAAAAAAUGCACACUUCAGAAUUCGUAGUGUCUUCAACAGAAUUAACUAAACCAGAAAUAAGUGUUUCAAAAAUUGACAGAGACAGCAGUUCACCAAGUAAGCUCCCUAUAUGCACUCUGUCUCUUCAAGAGCAUAAAGUCAAAUCACAGGAUACAGAGAUCCCAAAGACUGAAAGUACCACUGAACUAGAGGCUUCAAGUGCAGAAUUUAAAACAUCAUCAGCUGAAAUUACUCUGGACGGAACACAGGACAGAGCAGAUGUUAGUCUUUCAAAGGGAGAGCUAGACAUUCAAAAUCAAGGGGCAGUGAUUAGUACAGGAAAGAUAAAGACAGGUGAGAUGAAAAUUAUAGGAAAAGACAGUGAGUUAAAAUGGCCCUCGUGUGAAUGGUCUACAACAAAUGUUGUAGCUAAGCUGGAAGAUAUAAAGGUAGAAGUUCCAGGUGUGAAAAUGGAUGUUAAAAUUGCCAGAGUAGAUCCUGAAAUGAAAUUUCAAGUGAAAAAAAGUGUUGAAAAGGACAUGUCUGCAAAUGUGGAAGAGCAAGUAGAAGACAGAGCAGAAACAAGUAAAAUUAAAGCAUACAAGUUUAAGAUUCCAAAGUUCGGAGUGUUGCACUCAGAAGUAAAGGGUUUAAAAGAUGAUAUCAAUUUGCCAAAGUCAGAAGCCAUUUCAGUGUCUGAAACUGAAAUAGGCACAGCAGAAAUGCAGUUUCAAAAAUUGGAAGGAUCCAUUGGCCUGACAAGUCCAACUCGAGAUCAGAUGGACUCAUCUGCUAGAAUAACAGAGGAAACGAUGGACAAAUCACAAGAUGGCCUGGAAGUAAAUAUAAAAAUUCCCAAGCUAAAAAUACCGAGAUUCACUUUCAAAGCUCUCCCAACUGAAGCUGAUGUUUCAGUGUCGAAAGUAGUACUGGAUCAAAAAAGAACUAUUUCUGACAUUGAAGUGGUGCAUCUGCAAGCAAGUUCUGCUGUCCUUGAAGAAACUCCAGAGACUCUAGAGGGCAAUAUUCAAAAAGCAAAGAGCAAAAUUCUAACUCUGACUGAACCUGACAUUAAAACAGCACAGAUGACUGCUACCAUAGAUUCCUCCCUUUCAAAUGCAGGGCAAGACAUUCAUUGGUCAUAUGUAGAAGGCCAAGAAGUGAGUGAGAUAGUAGAACCUGAACAUGUUGCUAUUGAAAGGUGUGAAAUUUAUACUACUGAGAUAGUGAAAGAAUCAGAGAUUCUUUCAUCUGAAGUUAAAACUGCUACCUUGGGAUUCUCAUUGCUCAAGGUGAAGUUGCCUGAAUCACACAGUGAUUUAGAAGUGUUAGUCCAGGAGCCAUCUUCAGUGGAAGAUGCAUCAAUGGAAUGUUCUGGUAAAAGCUUUGGAGCAGAUGUACAGAGGCCUGGCAGUGCUGAGAUUAAACCAUGUGAUAAACCUCACACUGAGACUGAAGGAUCUAGUAGAGUGAUAGGUUUGCCAAAGUUAAAAACAUUUGCCGUUGAAGUAGAGCCCUCUGGUAAACCUGAGGAGAGUCAUCCUGACAAGUCACCAGAGGAAAUAACCACAGCUCCUCUCUCUAAAGAUGAGGAUGUAGCUGAAGCUCUAGAAGACGAGGAAAAAUACAUAACUAAUGAAAAAGAAAAGACUGAUAGUAAAAGAUCUCCUGGAAGAUUCAAAUUUUGGCUUCCAAGUAUUGGCUUUUCAUCUUCUGGUGAUGAAACAAGCUCAGACUCAAAAACAGAAGUAAAAAAAAUAGAAGAAAUGAAACCAGAAGAUAUGAAACCAAGUGACACAUCUGUUAGUGAUUCUUCUAAGCAAACAGAAAAAACUGGAUGGUUUAGAUUUCCCAAGCUUGGUUUCUCGUCUCCUUCCAAAAAAGCUAAGACCGUUGACAAAGAAGAGAUAGGUCAUAAAGAGAGAAGAAUCUCAGAUGAAGAUAGCCCAUCAGAUAAACCUGAAGUAUUUUUCGAUGCACAAGAAACCUUAUCACCCAAAGAAACAACAGAGGGUGAAAAAGUUGAAAUUGAUGGGACCUCAUCUAAUGUUCCAGUGUCUCGAACUAUAGUUACAUCUUCAGCAAGGACUGAACUAAUCUUGUUGGAGGAAGAAAAAGAUAGCCAAUCUAAUAUUUCUGGAGAGACAACCAAAUGAAGAUUGUCUUCUCUCAACACCCUCAGUGAAAAUAAAAUAAUCUAUACAGAAAAAAGAAAAAGAGAGAGAGAGAAAAAAAAAAAAAAAGAGAGAGAAAGAGAAAAAAAGAAACAAUGUUUUCCUGAUUUUCCAGUAGUCAAAAAUUGAACGAAACUCAAAGUUGAUAUUUAUGAAAUCUAUUGACUGAACAGGAUUUACCACAUCUAAAUCUUCAGACACAUGAAUGUGCUGUACUGUGCAGUAAUAAAAAUACUAUUUUAUCCAAAUCUGCCCCGAAGGCAACAACUACUACAAGUACAGGGAAGUUCAUAGUUUUAGUAAAGUCUUAGAAGAUACCUGAACCAUGAAAGUAAACUAUUGAAAACACUCAAUGACAACAUACAAACUUGUUAAAUAUGCUUCUCAAAACAAUGCCAGUUAUGAUUAGAUUAUAGAUUAUUUGCAAACAGAGUAUAAACUAGUACUAUGAGAAUUAUACUUACCUGUUUAGAUUUUGGACAUUUCUGACCUAUUUUUGCUUUCUUACUAAACUAUUCUUCUUUAUUUCAGCUAAGGUAAUGCAUAUAUUCCACAGUCAUUUAAAAAUGCAAAAUGAAAACAAAAUACUAGUGUAGAGAGACUAAGUCUUUACCCCUUCCUCUCUUCUCAUUUUUGAUUACUGUGGUGGGUCAUAUUUAGCCUUAAAAGGUCAAAAAUAAAUCAAUAAAUAAAUAAAUUCAAGACCAAAAAAAUAUUUCACAUUUUAAGGUACCAAAAUAAAACAUGGUGGUAAAGAAUAAUUAUAAAAAUUUGGAUAAAUAAAUUUUUAUGUGUAUAUUUACUGGAUAGAUAAAUGCACAGAAUGAUCUGCCACACUUUGGUGGAAUUGCUUCAAAGAUUUUCUGGGAAAGGAGAUGUAUAUAAUUAUUUACCUCUGUUUAUAUUAAUGCUUCUCUAAAGUGCACAGCCAAAACCAGAGUGCAUAUGUGACAGCCUUCAUAUGUAUCAUUAAAACACUGUCUGUAUUCUUAAUUCACAAUAAACUCACCAUAUGAAAAAUAAAACAAGUACCAUGAA